UACCAGAUAAAAACGGGUACUGGGUAGCAAGAGGCGGAAAGAAAACGUGGGGGGAAGCACUUGUAUCUUCUCUCACUGAGCGGUAACACCUUAACCCUUGAAGAGAGAAAGAGAGCGAUAUGGCUAGCGAGGAAGAGAGCGCAGUGAAAGAACCAUUGGAUCUUAUUAGGCUCAGCCUUGACGAGCGCAUCUACGUCAAGCUACGCUCCGACCGAGAACUCCGUGGCAAACUCCAUGCAUAUGAUCAGCAUCUAAAUAUGAUACUUGGGGAUGUUGAAGAAAUUGUUACCACUGUAGAAAUUGAUGAUGAAACCUAUGAAGAGAUUGUUCGGACUACAAGGCGCACUGUUCCAUUUCUCUUUGUCAGAGGAGAUGGUGUCAUAUUAGUUUCUCCGCCAUUGAGGACAGCUUAAUUUGGAGGAUAAAGUUCAAGAUACAGUCUUAAUACCUGUUUUCACGUUUAAUUUUACACUGAUGUAUCUUCAGAUAUGCUCAAGCUUAGUUUGUAUCAAAUUAAUGACGUAGUAUGGGGGUGGAGCAUUUAAAAUAGCCCACAUUCUUAGAUCAUUCUGUAGUUGGCGUAACUGAUGAAUUUGGUAAUUUUUUGUUUGGUUGCCA